AUGGCCGUCAUUCCACCAACCUUGGUUGAACUAGCUUACAUCUCUUCAGCGCAUAGGAGUGGGUCUCAGAAGCGCUCGUUUCCAAACCUUACUGGGUCCAAAAAGACGUCUGUGGCUUUGGUGGUUCUUAUUGUGAUCGCUAUUGUUUUGGUAUCUAGCCUCAUUGUUGGCUUAUAUUGCGUGGCACGACGUCACCAUCGACAAGAGACUAGGACUAACUCGGCCACGAAGCCAGAGAGAUAUUCCGAGACAUAUUCGCCAAUACAGGUGGGAAAGGUAGAGAAGCCCGAGUCUAGUUUGACGUCUCCUCUACUUCGUAGUAGCGAUACUACUUACAGACCCAUUAACAGUGCUGCUCAGUUUGACUCAAACCCGCCACCUCAUAUACGUUUUCCUCCCGAGGCAGCAAAUAACUCAUCACUGCUACCUCCAGAACCAGAACGUCGAAGCCUUGAUUUGGAUGUCGUAACGCCAUACCAACUGUCAAUAGCAGCCACUUCUGCCCGCCAUUCAUUUGCUUCCGAUAUUACCUCGUCUGUCUCGUCGAUCAUCGAUAAGUACAGAAAGCUUCCGGGUGACAGAUGUUACGACUCCGACAAUAGUGCUGCCACUGUGCGGCCUCAGAAUCAAGAGAUAGAUAACCGCAAUGUAUUUCAAAGUAUUGAUCAAUCACGAUCGAUACUACGGAGCAGUUGCGAUUCCUCUGGCCAAAAAUCGGCGAACCCCCAAGAUACACCGCCAUCUUCCAGUAAUAACCGUACCACGCCCAUGACAGGAAAGGACAAAACUCAUUCUGCUGCAGAACCCUCCAAGAUAUCCUCAAAUGGCUCCAGAUACACCCAAGAUUAUUUCCCGCAUACCCCUUUUUCUAUGAAUCGAGACUCCAAGGGUAUGACUUCUCUACUGCCUCGGACCUCCCCUCGGACGCCUGGAAUGUAUCUCGGUGUACCUCAUGAAAAUGCCUCUCAGAAUGAAUCAUAUACUGAUCUCCUUCGCUUCCCACUACAAGACAACUAUAGGGCAAGCGAACAGAGCUGCGUGGAUUCACAGCAACUCCACCCUUGGCCGCUGGCAAUCACUCCAGAAGAACAUAUUGAACUCAGGGACUUUCUUAGUCCAAAUUUUCCAUUAGUUCACAACCAACCUCAAAGUACAACGCAGUCCGUUCAUUUGGAGCUUGCACCGCCUCGUGAUAGCGUACAGUUCGAAUGGAAACAAAAGAUGAGAGAAUCAGAUUCAGCCACUAUCCGCGCGCAUCACAAUCAACCUACAGAGACAGCUGUCGAUACGGAUAGCAAUAAUAUUAAUUUGUCGUCAAACAACAGCGUCACCCAAACCCAGUCCCUGUCAAGUGAUUGCCAGAAUUCAGGAAGCAGUAGAGAACCCAAAGUAAAGAGGAAACGAAGGACUCGGCUUUAUAAACUGGUCAAGAAAAUCCUUUAUUAA